AUGCCGACGAGCCUAAGAAAGGAAUUAGAGAGUGGAGGAGUGGCCUAUCCUGCAAUACUGAGCAUCAGUUUAGAUGUAGCCUGUGCUCUCAAUUACCUUCAUCUCUUCAAGCCUCAUCCUAUACUACAUAGAGAUGUCAGCAGUGCUAAUGUACUCCUUCAACUAAUGGAAGGUGGCAAUAGAUGGAGAGCUAAAGUAUCAGAUUAUGGUACAGUUAGCCUUCAACCUCUUACAAGCACACGCAAUCCUGGUAAUCCUGUCUAUUCAGCUCCAGAAUCGUUCAAUCCAAGGGAACAUUCUCCAGCAAUGGAUGUCUUCAGUUAUGGUGUCCUCCUUAUAGAGAUGGUCGUUUGCCAGUUUCCAGACGUAGGAAAGAGAGUGGCUCAGAUUAAAGCUAUCAAGAGGCCGACAUUGAAGAAUCUCAUUGAACGUUGUCUGAUAGAGAACUACAAAGAUCGUCCAACAAUGUCUGACAUUAUAAAAGAAUUGAAUGAAAGCAUUUAG